UCAUCUGUGCACAGCCUGACUGACAUCUUUCUUUGUGCAAUUUCUGUCGAGUCUCUCGUGAAAAAUCCCGUUAUUUCGCUUUCGUAAUUCACAUAACAAAGGUAUUAUCUGUUCGCGAGUGUUCACCGCUAUUCGUGGGACAACAACUAAAAAUUAACGAGCAUUCCUAGAUACGGUGCAAAUAAUUUAUUUUCAUUUCAAAAUUAUCGAUUUUAGUCAUCUCGUCGAGAAGAAUUGUUUUUAUGCUGUUUAUUUAUUAGUGCCGUCGGGUGACUGGCGAUCGAGCAACAAUUUUUGGGUCACAGUCCAACCUAAGAGUGAGCCGUGUCUUGGGGGAAAAGCACACCGGGCACUACGGUGGCCCCAGAUACACCGGCCCCAGCACCCCAGCCUCCGGGGGUGCUGGAGAUGACAGGCACAGACAUUCGGUUUAGCGGGUCAACGCUAGACAAAGCGACCAAAGCCAAGGUCACAUUAGAGAAUUUCUACACGAACCUCAUCACACAACAUUUAGAGAGGAAACAGAGGCUCGAGAAACUCGAAGAGUCUUUGAAAGAUGACAGUCUCACAGAGAGCCAAAAGAAAGAGAAAAGACAACAACAUGCCCAAAAGGAGACAGAGUUCCUCAGACUCAAGCGGUCCAGGCUUGGCGUUGAGGACUUUGAACCGCUCAAGGUUAUCGGACGAGGCGCUUUUGGCGAGGUUCGAUUGGUCCAAAAGAAAGAUACGGGACACGUUUACGCUAUGAAAAUACUCAGAAAAGCUGACAUGUUGGAAAAAGAACAGGUAGCCCACGUGCGUGCAGAACGCGACAUCCUAGUAGAAGCCGACCACCAAUGGGUAGUUAAGAUGUACUACAGUUUCCAAGAUCCUAUGAACCUGUACUUGAUAAUGGAGUUCUUGCCGGGCGGGGACAUGAUGACGCUGCUGAUGAAGAAAGACACCCUCAGCGAAGAGUGCGCACAGUUCUAUGUGGCAGAGACAGCGCUUGCUAUCGAUAGUAUACACAAACUUGGCUUCAUACACAGAGACAUAAAGCCGGAUAACUUGCUUCUGGACGCCCGCGGUCACAUCAAGCUCAGCGACUUUGGCCUCUGCACCGGCCUCAAGAAGAGCCACCGCACAGACUUCUACCGGGACCUAUCGAGAGCCACGCCUUCUGAUUUCACUCUACACUUCAAUUUCUCGUAUGCAGUAUCGACGUCUUCGUCGGCAAUGGACUCGAAACGGCGCGCGGAGUCGUGGAAGCGAAAUAGACGGGCGCUGGCCUACUCGACCGUGGGCACGCCCGACUACAUAGCGCCGGAGGUAUUCCUGCAGACUGGCUACGGCCCGCAAGCCGACUGGUGGAGUCUGGGGGUUAUCAUGUACGAGAUGUUGAUCGGUUACCCGCCGUUCUGUUCGGAAUCGCCUCAGGAGACGUAUAGGAAAGUCAUGUCAUGGCGGGAGUCGCUCACCUUCCCGCCAGAGAUCCCCAUUAGCGAGGAAGCAAGGGACACCAUACUUCGUUUCUGUUCAGAGCCUGACCGCAGGUUGGGUUCCCAGCGAGGCAUAGAGGACGUGAAGUCGGUGUCGUUCUUCCGCGGCGUGGACUGGAGUCACGUGCGCGAGCGUCCUGCCGCCAUCUCCGUAGAAGUGCGCUCUAUAGACGACACCUCGAACUUCGACGACUUCCCAGACGUCAAGCUUGAAAUACCAUCAGCGCCAAUACCACAAGACGGCGAGGUGGCAUACAAGGACUGGGUGUUCAUCAACUACACCUUCAAGCGAUUCGAGGGGCUCACACAACGCGGGACGCCCACCAAGAAGUGAACCUACGAACCAUAAGUUACACUGCUUUCAGUCUAAACUGCUGCGCUACCUAGCCUUGACAAGCAAUAUAGUAGGUGUUAAUAUUUGGUUACGCUGUCGAUAGAAGCGCUAGACUACCUGGCUUCUUAUCUUACUAUCCGCUAUUUAGUUAGUAUUACGCUGCGCGGGCGCCAACGCACUUACAGGGAGAGAAAAAUACCUACACCCUCUGAAAUAUAGCCUGGUUGCAAUGGCAGCUGAUGAAUUAACGUGGCUUUUGCUGAAAAAAUGUCGAUUUCGCCUUAAAAAUAAAAACAUAUAUUCAGUCCAGAUUUCCAGAAAGCUAUUUGGAACCAAAAUAAAAACCUGAGACUGCGAGUACUGGAGCAAAUGAAACGCUGGCGACUACUAAGAAAAUAACAAAUAUUUUGCAAGCAUUGCAUAUUUUUGUACACAAAAUUUAUUUUAAAAAUGUACAGCUACUAUUGCAAUCAAGCUAUAAGCAUUUAAGUGUAUUUUUGAAAAUAUGGGAAGGGUGGGAUAUAUUUUCUCUCUCCAAUAGGGUCGCCAAAAUUAUCCUUUCCUUUAGAACUAAGAUCAUUUACCAGUCAUUGUUAUACUCCAUUUGAUUAAGUUCUUAACUAGAGAUAAACAAUCUUAAUAUGACCUUUUAUUCAAAAACUCAAUUUUAAAGUAAAUUGCAGCUAAAAAUCAAUGUAAAUACAUUAAUAACAAUUACUUAAUUGAUCCAUUAUUUCAAGCAGUAGUUUAUUUGUUUAAUACAUAUGUAUUUCUGUAAAAUGUCCUAUCAAGAUUGUUUGCCUUUAGUUAAAUAACUAAUCGAAUGGGUUACAGGUAGUUCUGUCCAAAGCUUUUCGAUAGCUGUAUUGCAAUAAAAAAGUGCGAUUAUUUCGUAAUAUAACAUGUAUGAUACGGCGUAAUUUUAAGGCAGUAAGUGUCGUGAGCCUACCUCUAUUCGUGCCUACCUCUGCAUGUAUUUGCGACAUUUUAGUCUGAAAGCAGUUUGCUGUCCUCACUGAUGACAAUCAUAAUAUAAUCUGUAAUCAUCAAUCGCUGAUAUGAACUUGAGUGUAUGAGGAUGAACUAACUUUGCGUACCUGUUCCGCUUACUAAAACAAUCGUCUGUGACGCUCGAUUAACUUAUUGGUAGGAUGCCAACUUAUUGACAAAUGGAAAUUCUUGAAAACUAACUCUCGUGCUGUCGUUCACCACAGAAACGUGGAUAUUAUAUUCUCGCCAAUGAACUUUGUUUUGAAAUGUAUAUAUUGCUCUUAGCCCGGCUUUUAAAUACCUACAUUAUUAACGAUUAUCUCUCCUUGACUUUUUAAAUCCAAUCUUCAAGAUACCCGAGACAGGCAAUAGCAAUGGAAUCGCGAUAAUACAUAUGUUACAGGCAAUGUGUAUUAUGCAGGCAUUCUAUACAUUUCCUAGAUAUUGUCUAGAAUGCCGGGGUCGUCCAGGCAUUGCGUGAAAUGAUAUUGAAUGUUCAAACUAUUUUACACUUUACCUCGGAAAUGUCUCUUAUCUUCUGCGAUAUUAGGACAAAAUCAAAUGGCAAAUGUAAAGGUGCACUUGACCGUACCAAAAUUUGCUGCAGAAAGUUGACCUGUCUUCUUACCACUUGAUUAUGGAAAUUUGAUCGUGAUACGAAAAGAAACCAACAGUUUUCAUUUAAAAUUAACUUUUAUUAUACUUUUAAUAAACUGUGGGUAACAUAAUUAUAAUUUGAAAGGAAAUAAAAUCUAAGGCAACAUCUUUGAACAAACUUAAAUAGACUAAAAUUAAAUUGCAAUUUAGUUACUACCUACUUGUAGGUACUUAAUAACAAUCUGCCCACUCGCCUCCCUCCCGUGGUCGUUCAUUAUGCACAUUGCCUGGUGCGCUUCGGGCAUUUUAUACAAUAAAUAGCCAAUGUAUGAAAUGAAUCGUAUUAUACACAUUGCUUAUAACUUGUAUGGAUUUAUAAUAUUUUGGUUAUUUACGAACACUAAAGUAUCGUAAAACUUGAAAGUAUUUUUGGUGUUACAAUUGUACAGAGCGUAGAUCUAGGCUAACAUUGGAUAUUUUUAAAGUUAUAGUAUUAAAGAAACCAAAUAAUUGUGAAAAAUGUGAAAGAGAAUACUUAAAAACUGAAAUCAUUUAUAUUUGAAGCUCAUCAUGCUAUAUUUGACGACAAUAUGCUUCUUAUAUUGUCUUUCUCGGUUGUCCGACUGGGCGAGUUCACCGCGUGUCUAUAGUAUAGAUUCUAUACAGCCAGAUCGAGGAAUUAGAAAUCUACCUUGUUCUAUGAAUUUUGUAUAUUUGAUUUUAAAAAAUCCUUAUUUAUCUAUUACACUAAUAUUUACAAUUAUUAUUCGUUAUUUUUUUAAUGUGGUUUGAAAUAUGUUGUUGUUAUUUUUGUUGCAGUAUGAGUUCAAAUUACAGAUUUGUGUAUUCAAAGUUCAUGUAAAACUUGCGCCAUGUAUUGGUCGAAAUAAAGGUAACAAUCAAUGCUUAAAUCGGAUUUUUGAACCGAAGUAGUUUGGUGUUAUAUUUGUGUAGUGGUGCUUAUUAUAAAGUAAUGAAAGUAUAGUGUUUAUAUGCAUUGUUUAGGUACGAGUGAGAUGUUUAUGUGUUGAUUUGAUUGUGCUUUCUCGUUUACACUCACCUUUUGUUCAGGGGGACAGGUUUUGUACACGGUCACAUAAAUAUGCCUUCCAAAAUGACUGUUGUAAUUAUAUUUUCCAUCGUCAUCAAUCAUUAUCAAUAAUUUUAAUAAUGUAGUUUUAUUUAAAGAGCUAAUCGAUAACUGCGUUCAUUAAAUUCAAAGUCCAAGCACAUGAAUUUGAAUUUACAGCUCUACUCUGUAUCAUAUUAUCGUGACUUUCAUACAUUAUAUAUCUCGGUCGACGCAUACUUCUCGUUAUGUGUUUCAUAACAUCAGGAAUGCUCACCUCUCUCUCUUUCUUUUGUAUCGAAAACUCGAUAGGGAAAGAAAAUGCUUACCUAUUUAUAUUUUAUAUUUAUACAAAUAAUAGUGUACUAAAAAGUAUAUUUUAAAGGCCGCGUUCAAUUCAUUCGCAAUAGAAUUCCGUCCAAAAUUAUGUUACUAUAAUGAAAAAUAUUUUACUAAAAAUAUGAAUAUAUUUACCUCAUUACUGUUGGUGUCAAAAUAAUGAAAAUAAUGCGACUUUAGGACCUUUUUACCUCUAGGUUUGUAACAUUUUCGGGGCUUGAACCUCUUCGUUGUGUAUAAUCAAAAAUUCUGUAAAUUUGCACUGCCAAAUAGUUAAAUAUUAAAAAAAAAUAUAGGCUUUGUUGGACACGGCCAUAAGUUUUGACGUGUGUACUUCAAUAGAUAUAUAGCCACCAAAUCGGCUGUUCGUGCUGGUUUUGACGCGGUGUUUUAAGUUUAGACAUUCACCAAGCAAAACAGAAGUUAAAAGUCAAAUGACUUUUUAAAAUAAAUCUUUAAAAUUAUUUCCAAGUGAUACCUUUUGUUCCGCAACACAGCACAACAUUAUUACGUAUAAUGUAACAUUCUUCUUUAAACUCUUCCUUUAAUAGGGGUGAACGAAUUCCCCAUAUCUGGCGGAACUGACUCACAUGAGUAUUUUGUUUUGGCCAACUGCACUGCUUACUCGGCUGCUUUUGCCUGACUUGCUAUCAGCCAUAAAUAAUCAUAUGUCUUGAAAUAAUCUCUAUAAAAAUUGCACGAAAACUUCAUGUUUAGGCAAACAUUUAUUUAACAAAAAAUCUCUUUCGAUUGAAAGACUCUUCUUAAAAACGUUGCUGAAAUCAGGAUUUAUUUGCCUUUGCGAUGUCUGAUAACACUAUUCUAUUUAUGUGUACACGUCAAAUCCAUAUUAUUAAGAACUUAGAUGCCAUGUUUACCCAUAGCUUUACCAUAUAUCUUAUAAACAAAUUGAUAUUCAAAUUAUUAUAUGGGUAUACAUUUAGCAAGAAAAAAAAUCAAGCGAAUGUAAUAAAACCUUAUUUUAUAAAAAUAAUGAGAUCCUGUAACAACAUAGAUCACUGUAUUAUAUUACUGUAACUAUUGUUAUACUAUCUUAAAUUUACUUUGCAAAUCAUUCUUAUGAAGAAAAAAAAAUAUGAUCACAUUUAGCUUUUUAUGAGAGAGGAUGGUAUUCCUGGUAACUUUUUAGUCUACACUAUUACUUUCUUCACUGAAACUAAGCGCCAUUACAAAAAAUGUAUUUUGAUUUAUUAUGAUGUUAUUUGCAAUGUUUACUAGAGGAAUUCGACGUUCGUUAGUCUACUCGGGUAUUCCUAAAAAUGAUGUAUCGUAUGGUGAUAAUAACACCCCCUACGAUUCAAAGCGGUUCUAAUCUUAACUAAUAUCCUAAUUCUAUAUUCAAAUAAAGCCGAGAACUUGUGAGCUAAGGAAUUCGAUUCUAGAUAACCAGUCUCUUUUCGAAAGUUUAGCCGGUCGAAUUUGCGAAACAGAAACAUUUGUUUUGAAAUGAUCACUAAAGUUGUAUUUGUAACCAAACUCAUGUAAUAAAAAACAUUGUCACGAAUUUCCACGAAUUAUACAGUGCUAAAAGAUGCUUCCAUUUUAAUAUAGUUAUCUGACUAUACACACGACAGUAUAUGUACAAUAUAUGUAUAUGAAGUAAUACUUAAUUUUAUACGAAGCUUUGAUUGUAAUAAUGAUAACUACACUGGUGAUGAUAACUUAAAUGCACAUUGAAUGAUAUCAAUACUUUACUCAGAUGAUAUAAGUGUGUAUCGAACUUGGUAUGAACAUAAUAUAUUCGUAUAUGUGUUGAGGUUUCCAGACACACUUUGAAGUGAACAAUAAUACAUUUUUCUACGUAUAAACGUUAAGCGAAUCCGUAAUUGAUUUUAGGUAGUCUUUUAGAGUCUUCUCUUGAAAUUCGUAUGUUAUUAUGUGGUCUCUUAGUCCACAUUUCAGAGGUUACAAUUCCUCUGAUUUCUUGUAAUGUUUAGUGUCGUUUCAAAUUACAGAGCUAUGGUUAUGCAUAUGCUGCAGUUUUCUGUGGCACCAUUUUUAAACUGAAUUUAACUACGUACAAAGAAACUCAACAUUAUUACAUUGCUUUCAUCACACGGUCAUACAACUUACUAGCCGGCUUGUUUAGACUUAAAAUCAAUAAAUGUGGACUCUAUAUUCUCGGAAAAUGUUUAUAUUUUCACAAAAAUGCGUAUACAUAAAUAUAAUAUGAAGUGUGCAGUGUGAUAUUGUGCUUUUUAAUUAUUUUAUAUUUGAGAGAUAUUUGUGAAUUACCAAGUUGUAACAAACACGGAAUGUUUGAAAUUGUCAGUAACUGGCCAUGCUUACACUGUCAUCACUGCUCCAAAGUGAGCAUUAGAUAAAUUAUAUAAACAUCACGCAACAUCAACAACAGAGCAUGAAGCUGAUGCUACCGCAAUCGGCCGGUUUGACGCAUUUGGUGCAUUUGUCUACUUGUACACCAUGCUCAAAUGUUGCACUUCGCAACUGGUACACUUCUCAAAUGGCACACUUUGCAACUCAACUUAAAAGUGUCCCUUUUGCGAAGUUCACAAUUUGAGCACCAGUUGCAGUGUGCCAUUUGAGAAGUGUACCAGUUGCGAAGUGCACCAUUUGAGCAUGGUGUACAAGUUGAGAAGUGCACCAAAUGCGUCAAACCCCAGUCGGCGUCUCAGGCGUAUCGCAUCUAAACAUAGGCAUCACGUAAUCGUUAGUCGCGCAGGAGUACCGAUGUGUGCUGUUCUCGUCCACGCUAGCAGCUAGCUAGACACGGCGAUGCAAGGCUCAUGUCACACAUCUGACACCGACUACUCGUAUAGGAGAUUCUUGAAUAUUAUUUUAUAAGAAUAGGUGUAUUUUUGUGUCUGUCUAGAAUCCUUGAAAAACUCCAUCUAUAGCGACAGGUCGCAUUUUAUUCGUACUAAGUAAAUAAAUAAAACUGGAAAUAAAUAUCCUAUCAUAUUUUUGCACUUAUAUAGGAGCACAUUAUAAUUAUCAUGACGUAAUAUUAACUUGUACAAACUGACAAAUUCUCCUUUUUAUAGAAUUAUUAUUAAAUAGUACAACUUAGUUGCACGCUAUAAUGAACGUUAUUUGCGACUAGAUAAUGCGCUACAAGGUACGCUUACACACACACGUUGCGAUAUGUCGCUAUACCCCCUGGCUUAGCGCCGUGUUCCAACGUGUAUGCAUCGUGCUGUACUGUUUGUAAGCGAGAUGUACUCUAGGAUUUGUUCAACAUGACUUGACCCAUCAGGUCUUCUAUGAAGAGUCUGCUUAUUAAUAUAUUAAGACUACCUAGCGGCUUAUGAAAAGCCAGUAUGACAAGGAGAACAUUAUGUUUGGACAGAUCCUGGACAAAGCGGGACACCGUUUAUCUCACAAUUGCAAUUUUCUUGUCGAUUUUCGCAUAUAUGUAACGCCUGACUCAAUCAUUUAGUCUUGUGCUUAGCAUAGUAUUAAUAUGUCAAGUUUGGUGUUGUAUAAUUUUAAUGUUAGCGGCUUUGUAUCAUUUUCUUCGAUGUGUGUUGGUUUAGUUACACAUCGUCUGCAGAAAGCGCCCCGAAGCAUUGUUUGAGCGCAGUAGACGUAGCGUUGACAACGGCGGGGACUAUCCGCACUGCUAGUGUGUACUUGUGUACAAUUGAUGCGGGCUGUUCGAACGGGCGCGAGUUACAGCGCCACCAAUUAAUGUUAUCCUAAGUGUACGUACACACUAAUAAGUAUAAUUAUGUACUUUAAGAUAUAUGUCGAACCGUAACGCCACAAAAUUGCCAGACACUAGAACUAAGCAAUAACCAAUGUCAAUGUAAUUGAUGAUGUUUUCUGCACAGUUAUUAUAUUACACAUCGCGUUCGUCUCUAGAAGAGUUGCUCACAUUUGCCAAAAUUAAUCUGUCAAUUAUUUUAAACCUGUUCGGUUGAUUAUGCUUACAUAAUUCAUGUUUAGAACGUAUGGUUUACUUAAAUGUACUAAAGUUUCUCAUCUGCAUAGAGGCUAUAAGUAAGAGAGUCUCAGAGACUUGAAUGGAAACAUACAGUGCGCACCGUUCACACGAAUAGCCCAUUAGUGAUGUAGUGUUAACUCCAUUAAAUUUAGUUCAAUUAUGUAGUUUUUGUCAAUAAUUCAUGUUAAUUUAAAUAUAAUUUAAUUAUUUUAAUUUUAUUCGUUUGUCAUACGCAAACACAUAUCACACAUGAGAACGAAACCGGUUCGCUAAAUUACGCUAAAUGCCUAUUUCUAUUUAUGUCUAUUUACAUUGUGAUUAAGCGAUUACAUCAUAAUUUAUUAUUAAUAAAACAUUAAGGUUAUAGUUAUGAUUGGUUUGUCUGUUCUCUGUAGUCACGUCAAUACAAAUGGCCGAACAUCUUUAUUAAGCGGAGAUCGGUUGUUCGCCGCACAAGCGUUUUCAUUUCUGCAAAUAUACCUAUAAAAAUUGUGAUGUGCUCGAUUAUUUCAGUCAAUAAACGUAACGAUGUUGAUAUUUGCGAUGUGUUAGUGAGAACAUUAUUUAAUGUACAUAGAUACGUGUGCACGCUACGAAUAAAAACAUUUCUUUAGAAAAGCGCGUCGUGAGUUUCCGUACCACGAUACGCAGUCUUAGAUGCAAUAUAAUGUGUUUCCAUGAAAACUACCAAAUUCUAGCAUGUUACACGUAUCAGAACACCGCGUUUUACGAAAUUUCGGCAGGAGAUCAAAUGAAGAUGUGUAUACAGCCCGUUUUAUCAAAAAUGUUGUUUUGUUAUUGUAAUUUAUUAAGCGUCUUGCAAUACCGGUCCGCCGAUCAAAUUCUAAUAAAUCAUAGCUAUUCGCUUUGUUAUUGUUAUUCGAAAUGAUAAUGAGGAAUUAUUUAAUUUCUUUAAUUGUAAGUUUUUAAAGUAUUUUGUUUAGUACUUUUAUUGUUUCUUCCAUGUGAUUUAAGAAAGUGGCAAUACGAUUAAGCAUUAAAGCGAUAUGACCUUUA